UAGUGGGAGGUCAGCUGGUGGGGAUCCCAACCCCCCGAAUUCCCAUUUCCAGCACCCGUGAAAAAAUUUUGAUAUUAUAUUUUCGGCAGCGCUUAGAGACGUGAGUCUUGCCCGGACGUAACUCGCUCUUUCUCAUUCGAAAUCGUUCCCUCUCCUAGACUGAGAGGGCGCCCCACCUCCGCCUCCACUUCCGACUCUGCCGCCUCCACAGCUCUACCGACUCCUUCCCGCACUAAUGUUUGUCAACAGUUAACAUGUGACCACUUCAUUCACCCCAACCCUUGCCACCAAUUUUAAGUUUCUUUUUUUCUUUUUUUUUUUUACUUUUGCAGUUUUCUUUUCUUUUUUGUUCGGUUCUGUUAUUGAAAAAAAUAACUGUGAUCUUGAUUCGAGUUUAUUAAAAAAGGUGUUGUGGUUUAACUAACAUAUCUUGUGCAUUGUGAUUAUAAAACUAUAAUAAAAAUCGAACUUUUGGAAUAUUUAUCGGCGACGAUUUACUUUUGACACAAGUAGGGCCGUGAUGGAAUGCGUGCCCGACCUGGCGUUUCUUCAGAUGGCGGCUGCUAGCAAUUCAGACAUGUUCAACAAGAUGCUGUGGCACCCGACGGCGACGAGUGGCGGCAGCCCGAGCCCGUCCGGAGGAGGAACGAUGAAGCAGAGGAAGACUAACUUCACGUCCCGCGAAGUCGAAGCCCUUCUCGGGGCUGUCGCGGACCGGAAAGACACCGUCCUAUUCGGUGUGGCAGGGGGCAUCGGCUGGGCGAGGGCCUGGCACGAAGUCGCCCAGCACGUAUCCGCCGUUGAAGGCAUCCACAGAUCUGAAAGCGACGUCAGGAAGAAAUGGACAUACCUGAAAUGGGAGGCGAAGAACACGAGCAAACCGGGUAGGGAUCCGACGUCGCGAGCGGUCCUCGACAUCCUCACCAGCAGGGACAGAGAUCAGCCCAACUCUCUUCUCGAACAAUUACUAGUUCCACAAGGGAGCCCGAGUUCUCCAGGACAGACCCAGAAUACAGUUUCUCCAGUGCCGAUUGCCCCAAAGAAACAUUCCGUGUCUUCAGGCCAAACACCCACCCAGCCUGGAAGCAAUGGCGGGAACGUGGCCCAGCAGGAGACUAUCAGGCAAAAUGUGCAGCAGUCGAGCAUUCAAAUGCAACAAACAGCCCAACUCCCGCAGCCUCCAGAGGUUUGCCUAAAAUGGAAUUCUUAUCAUUCAAACAUGCGAGCAACUUUCCCAAAUCUUCUGAACAAUGAGCAGUUUGUCGAUGUGACUCUAGCCUGUGAAGGCCGAUCAAUUAAAUGUCAUAAAGUGAUGCUGUCAGCCUGCUCUUCAUACUUUGAAGAACUCCUUUCACAGAAUCCAUGCCAGCACCCUAUAGUUUUCAUGAGAGAUCUGAAAUUUUGGGAAGUUCAGGCUCUUGUUGAAUUCAUGUACAGUGGAGAAGUGAACGUAACACAAGACAGACUGCCAUCUCUACUUGCCGCUGCUGAUGCCCUUCAAAUUAAAGGUUUGGCUGGUCCAUCUACUGGAGCAAGUUCGGCUCAGGAGGACGAUCGCUUGAGUGCAGGAGAUACAGAUGACACAGCGACUAUCCAACAUAUCCACCACCAGCCACUUCUACAGAAGAGAGUCAGGAAACGCAAAUCUACGAAUCCGACAGCAUAUCCAGUAAGAAGCCAAUGCAUCGCCCAAGCGUUGAGUUCAACGAUAAAUAAAGCCCAAGCCCACUCAAACCAGACACAUCAACCCAAUUCAUCUCUUCAGCAUCAACUAAAACACAAAUCGAUGCAUUCUGCUGGUAAUGCAAAACCUUCGGCUGGGGUUCUUACGAGCUCAGGGUAUUCACCGCCGGCAAAAUCAAAAAGAGAAGACGACAGCUCUCCCAAUUCACCUCUGGCCUUGAUCAAGGAUGAACCUCUCGACCUUGGAAUUGAUUCAAAGGAAACGCUAACAAACUACAGACAAAGGUGUGGAACUAGCAUAUUGCCGAACGAUAGGGAUACUGGUCACAUAUCAAGACGUGAAGAUCUAAAGGAUGAAAAUGGUGUUAGCGAUGAAGAUAUGGAAGAACAGCAUGAGGAUGAUGAGUUUGAUGGUGGCGGUUAUGACAGCAAACAGGAGAACAGAGACUGCAAAAGAUUCAGCAAUGGCGACGAUGAAGACAGUGUCCGUGGCAGCAGAGAAAGCACUCCAAAGAAGGACAAAUUGUGAACAGCACAGCAUUGAUACUCUUUUGAACACACCAAAGAACAAUAAUGACAGCGGAAGACAAUAUACAAAUAUUUUCUUUUAAACGAUUAAAAGAAUGAAAAACAUGAUGAUCUCUCUUUUUUAUACUGUUUU